UUGUGAAAUUUAAAAUUAUUAAAUUUUACAAAAUACUUCUCUACAUAAAUUUCUAAAUCAGUUAGAAUAAAUAAACAAGUAGCAUUUUCGCUGAACAAGAAAACACACAGAUUUUUGAAAAGAACUUGGCAAAGCACAUUUAUGAAAGUUUCAUUACAAUCCACAUUGCAAGUUUUAAUAUUACCGAAAUAGAUUGAAUGGAGAAAGCUAAAAAGAGGAAUAAAAAAAUAUUAUAAGUUGGUAUAUUAAUAGAAACAUCAAAUUAGCCGUAGACUAGUUCCAAUAUCCACAAACCAUUCUCUUCCUAAAACCAAUCUCCCAUUUCAGGAUUCACAUUUUCAGAUAUAUAAAGAACACACAAAAAUAAAACUUAUUUUCCUUUUCAAACUUGUCAUUUGCAAUCUUGGAUGUUGGAUUCUGAUGAUGAAUGCUAUAGCUUUUCUUGGAAACUCAACGAUGAGACCCUCAAAAUGCCUUCUCCGUGCCUUCACAAGACUAUCUCCAUCUAGAGACACCGCGUUUCAAUCACAUCAUUCCCGCUGCAUAAACCAAAACAUCAACAAUCAAGAUCCAUAUAGAAUCACCAAAUUGAGAAAUGUUGUACAGUUUUGUACUAACAGGCCAAGUUCUGUUACAACUCAGGUUGCUUCUGAGGCAAGAAACCUCUCUGCUUCCAGGACAUGCACAAAGGAUCCGACAUUGGAUAAAAUAAUAGCCAAGAACGGCUUAAAUGUGAAGCCAUUAACCGUUGAGAGGCUAGAAGAAGAUGAGAAAGAUGAAGAGGUUGUCAAUGGAGAUGUCAGAAACAUAGAUAAGGACGGUCUGGAGAAUGUCAGAAGAAAAGAAAUCGAGGAGGAAGCUUGGAGGUUGCUGAGACAAUCAGUAGUGACAUACUGUGAUUCUCCUGUAGGAACCAUGGCUGCUAAUGAUCCAACCGAUACAGCACCUUUAAACUAUGAUCAGGUCUUUGUUAGGGACUUUGUACCUUCGGCUCUUGCUUUCUUGAUGAAGGGAGAAGGCGAGAUUGUUCGUAACUUCCUUCUUUACACGUUGCAGCUGCAGAGUUGGGAGAAAACAGUUGAUUGUUAUAGUCCAGGACAAGGAUUAAUGCCUGCGAGUUUCAAAGUCAGAACUUCACCUCUUGAAGAGGACAAGUUUGAAGAGGUUCUUGAUCCAGACUUUGGUGAGUCAGCUAUAGGUCGUGUUGCUCCUGUUGAUUCUGGUUUAUGGUGGAUAAUACUGUUGAGAGCAUAUGGGAAGAUCACAGGGGACUACUCGUUGCAAGAGAGGGUAGAUGUGCAGACAGGGAUAAAGAUGAUUGCAAACUUGUGUUUAGCGGAUGGGUUUGAUAUGUUUCCAACGUUACUAGUCACUGAUGGCUCUUGCAUGAUAGACCGGCGUAUGGGUAUCCAUGGUCAUCCUCUUGAGAUCCAAGCUUUGUUCUAUUCUGCUCUACGGUCUUCCCGUGAGAUGAUAACUAUAAAUGAUAGCUCCAAGAACCUAGUAAGGACCAUUAACAACAGGCUAAGCGCAAUAUCAUUUCACAUUAGAGAAAACUAUUGGGUUGACAAAGGCAAAAUCAAUGAGAUAUACCGUUAUAAAACAGAAGAGUACUCUACUGAUGCAACCAACAAGUUCAACAUCUACCCGGACCAGGUUUCUCCGUGGUUAAUGGACUGGAUUCCUGAAAGCCAUAGGUGUGGUUUUCUUGUAGGAAACCUCCAGCCUGCUCACAUGGACUUUAGGUUCUUCACUUUGGGAAACCUUUGGUCAAUUAUUUCUUCUUUGGGAACACCAAGACAGAACCAAGCUAUACUAAAUUUGAUUGAAGAAAAAUGGGAUGAUCUCAUUGGACAUAUGCCACUAAAGAUAUGCUUCCCUGCUUUGGAGUCUUCAGAGUGGCAUAUAAUCACUGGGAGUGAUCCAAAGAACACGCCUUGGUCUUACCAUAACGGCGGGUCAUGGCCAACACUUCUUUGGCAAUUCACAUUGGCAUGCAUGAAGAUGGGUAGACCAGAACUAGCAGAGAAAGCAGUUACAUUGGCUGAGAAGAGGCUCCAAGCUGACCGGUGGCCUGAGUACUACGAUACAAGAUAUGGGAAGUUCAUCGGAAAAAAGUCCAGGCUUUACCAGACCUGGACAAUUGCUGGUUUCUUGACUGCCAAGCAACUAUUGCAGAAUCCUGAAAUGGCAUCUUCCUUGUUCUGGGAAGAAGAUCUUGAGCUUCUAGAGACUUGCGUUUGCGUUCUAACCAAAUCAGGCCGGAAGAGUUGCUCUAGGGCUGCAGCAAAAUCUCAGAUUCUUAUCUAAAUUGGUUUUGUUGACGAACUGGAUUAAGAUGUAAAGUUCAUGUUGCAACAAAUAUCAUGUGAGUUUUGUAUAUAAAAAAAUAGUGGUUGACACUUGACACUAGUAGUACUUUUCAACAAUUACUAAAAGAAAAGUACUAUAUUGUCUGGUAAUGUUAUACAUGUUAACCAAAGUAAUAGUAAAUAACAAUUUUGACUGUAUAGAAGCUGGUAUAUUGUAUUAGUUAAAAAAAUAUUUUGCUCUUAAACCCUAAUUGGUUUGGCCGGCUGCGUCUGGGGUCCAAUGUUAAGUGUUAAGCAAAGAGACAAAUAUAAGAUCAUGCCCACAAGUUCUGAUGGGUCGAUUUUUAAGGGUCAACGUGUAUGUAUACAUUGAGAAUGACACUUUAUAUGCCGAUGCUAUAAGAAAAUGACCACUCCUUCAUAACCUAGGGGACAUUUUUUGUAGAUUGUGGGAUCCCAAAUAUGGCAAAAUUUUCAAGGAUAUACUGAGUUUUGUGGUUACAAGAUUAGCCACCGUAAAAAAGGUUAAUUAAUGGUAAAGUCCCAUGUUAAUAAAACAUUCUAAAUAAGGAUUAGCCAGGUUCUAAUCCAAGAUGCUACGAGGAUAUAGUUAUACAAAUAAAUAAAUAAAUAAAGGGUAAAUAAAUCAAGGGACUAGGAGGUGAGAAAGUGGUGGGUGGUCCUUGAGCCUUAAAGGAAACAAAGAAGACAUCUCAUACUUGACCCCAAUUAUUAUGCCACCUUCUCUCUCACGUCUCCAUCCGUUUUCGUUGUCAUCUCUUUGUUUUCUUGAGGCUUUACUCUUCAGACGUGUCACCUUUUCAAUGGCCAAAAAAUAUCUCAUCUUUCAAUUGUUUUUUGUAAUCCGUGAUCUAUAUUCUUGGUUUUUACCUAUUAGACUUUUUUUUUAAAUCGUGGAUCGAUCAACAUAACCAUGUUGAUCUAGGACAACUUACAAGUAAUAUCGUUAUUAUGGUCCUAAUUAAUAGGCUAGUAAACUGGAUCCUCAUUGCAUAUCAUAUAGUAUUAUAGGUAUUUUACAUAACACCAUAACUCAAGGUUAAUGGUUGACAACUUGACAUGCAAACAACUGGACAGGUUUGUGAUUCAAUCUUGAUUGGAUGUACUUUUAGCAAGUUUAGUUAUUGUCCUUUUUUUUGGGCAACUGAUUUAGUUAUUAUCUUAUAGAUCGUAUUUUACAAAAUGCUUCUGAAAUUUAGUUGUUGUAACCGAUUAUACACGUUGCCUACACACAAAAAAAGUCAUAGUCCUGCAUAGCUAACGUAAACGUAAUCAUGUUCUUUAAUUUUUCAAACAUUUGUACUUAAGUUCAUAUCAUCAAGACUGAAGUAAUCUCUCCAAUCAGCUGAAAUAACCACGUUCAGACAAUAAACCGAUUGGCUUUGGUCUCUACUUAUUGUAUAAUUCAAAUCUACUUAUAACAAAAUAUACAUAUAUGUAAGGACAAAGUAUGAUAUAUGCACUCAUUUUGUUUCACAAAGUUGUUUAGAUGUAGGGCACACGAAAGUCUAUUUUAACUUAUUAUCAUUUUAUUAUAUGAAUUUUUUAAAAGCUAUAAAGAGAAAACAAAAAACUGUUCGAGAAGAAACCAAUUUCAGAUAAAGAGGUCUCUCACAUGCGACCCACUUUGAACAAAAGAGUCGGACCGUAGGGUCUGCAUGCACAUGCCUUCUCGUAUAUAUUUAUACUUCAUUUUAAUUUCAUUUUUGGCAUAUAGCUUAUAAAUAUUGAAUUUAGUUUUCUUAAAAUAUAAAUUCAAAUCUGUGCUGGAUGAAUGGGCCCGAAAUUAGAUACAUACUUUGUCCUUUACGUAUAUAAAAUAUUUAUAUCGCUUUUUUUCAAGAAAAAAUAUUUAUAUCCUGAUCUAAUGUGGAUUAGUUAACUGGUCGAACCUAGAACUUGAAGAGUACUGAAUUCUCAUCCUCGAAUUCAAAUAUUCGAUGGAAAGCGUUUAAACACUAAAUAUUAACUAGAUUUUUUUUUUGCUAAAUAUUAAUUAUAAAGUUGCCAUGAAGAUUAGCAUUGAGCCAUUUAUGGUGUCCAAAUUUCAUUUUUAAGCAAAUACUUACAACUCACAAAAGUAUGAAAUGACAUCGAAACAGUUUGAACAACAACAAAAAUACGCAAUAUUUUCGUCCAAUUCGUGAUGAUUUUUGAAAUUUUUCCCCAUUGCAAACACUUGAUUAAAUACAUUAUCAAACACUCGGAUUAUAAAUGCGUAAAAGAAUAACCAAAACAAAUAAUACACACCAACGGCUCAUGCAAUCGGCUAUAAAGCUGAGCCGAGUUUAACGGACGGCUGAAACUCA